AUGCAGGUCCUAGUCCUUUUGUUGGCCUUUCUUUUGCCUCCUGAAGCUGGAGGUGUGGAAAUCAUCAGUGGCAUUGAGUCCAAGCCACACCCCUGCCCCUAUAUGGCCCAUCUGGAAAUCAUCACUGACCAGGGUUAUGUUGCCAGCUGUGGUGGGUUUCUCGUAAGUCAAGAAUUUGUGAUGACAGCCACUCAUUGUAAAGGAAGGAAAAUUACUGUCACUCUGGGAUCUCAUGACAUAAAACAGGAAGUAUCCACAUGGCAGAAGCUGGAAGUCUCAGAACAAAUAGUUCACCCAAAUUACAACUUUUUCACCAACCUUAAUGACAUCAUGUUACUGAAGCUACAAACGAGAGCCAAGCUGACCCACGCCAUGGGGACAAUCUCCCUGCCCAGGUCUACCUUCAUUCCACCUGGGAGAAUGUGCAGGGCAGCUGGCUGGGGAAGAAUGGGAGUGAUGGAGCCGGUGUCAGAUACUCUGAGGGAGGUGAAGUUGAGACUCAUGGAUGCCAAGGCCUGCAACCACUAUAUGUUUUACAGCCAUAAAUUACAAAUCUGUGUGGGCAAUCCCAGGAAGACAAGAUCGAAGGGGGAUUCUGGGGGCCCCCUUUUUUGUGCAGGGGUGGCCCAAGGUAUUGUGUCUUAUGGACGUACAGAUGCAAAACCCCCUGCUGUCUUCACUCGAAUCUCCCCAUAUGUGCCUUGGAUUAAUAAAAUCUUGAAGAAACAGUAGCCACAGAAGCCUGACCAGCCUAAGUGAGAAUCCCAAAGCCCGAGGCCUCCCUGAGUAGCCCUGGGUUCCACAGAA